CCGCGGUUCCUAAGCGACCGAGGACGCAACUCCGAAGUUGACUAAAGGAGGUCGCGGGAAGUUUGUCACUAGUUGUUACCUUUCUUCGUAAAAUGAAAAAAUAAAGUACCUCUUGUUGUAUAUAUUUAAAAAGGGGAGGCUCUGAAUAAAUGGCAGCUGUCGAAGUUGUGCAGUACGGAAGACGAAAGGGGAGAAGUAGAGAAAGCACACCAACACAAAUGUUGACCCAGCAACAUGUGCCUGUUGACUUUCAUGAUCUUCAACAGGUCACCAUUUUGCCAAAAGCUGAAUGGCAAAGGAUUCAGGAGAACAUCAACAAGGUUAACAGUGAGGCUGAAUGGUUACAACAAGUACGGCGUGAAAAGGAAAGUCUGCAUGAACGUUCUAAGGAAGUUGUUAAAAACUGGUCAAAUACCAUUGCUGGUCAAAGACAAAAGAAACUUGAAGAAAAAAGAAUAUGGGAAGAGCAGGAAGAGGAAGAGAGAAGGAAAAUAGAUUUAGAGGAAGCUCAGCUUAAGGCUGCCAACAGGAAAGAAGCCAUUGAACAAGCAAAAAAACUCCAGUACUUCCAGACCGACCGAGUCAAAGGAUUCCACAGUGCCCUUUUGCUUUCUGAAGUUAUCAAGGAAAGAGAUGCUCAGGUUGAGCUGAAACAGAAGAAACUAAAUGCCAUGAAAAAUAUAGAUAGUGAUGUUCUGGGUCGGAUGCAACGAGAACGUGAGGAAGCGAUAUAUGAAGAUCAGCAGAAGGCACUCAAACGCUUCCUUGAUCAAAAGGCUACUUCUGAAGAACAGAUGGAACAGAUGAAAGCUAAAGAGCAAGCAAAAGAAAAAGCUACAUUAGAAGAUCAAAAGGAAGCAGAAGCCAUUAAGUUGCAGACAAGGCUAUAUGAGUGGGAACAAAGCAAAUUAAAACAGCUGAAGGAUGAAGAGAAGAAGGAAUUAAUGGAAUCUCACAAGGAGCACAUAUCAAACAAGGAGCUUAUGAAAGCAAUUGAGAAACAGAAACAAGAUGAAGAACAAAAAAUGAUUCAACUUUUUUCGGAAGCAAAACAAAAGAUGGCAAAAUUGAGAAAAGAAAAAGAAGCUGAACUAUUCAGGGAAAAGCAGGAACAACGAAAUCAAAUGACUGACCUCUUAGCGGCACAAAUCCAGGAGAAGCAAUUCAACGAUGAUGAGAUAAUUGCAAAAGCAGUUGCAGAACAAGAGGAGAAAUUUGAAAAGGAAGUAAAAGAAAAGGAAGCAAAGAGGACAGAAGAGCUGAAACUGAUUUCUGCGCACCGAUACAGAACGGUUAAAGAAAAAGAAGAAAAGAAAAAGCAUGAAAAGCUGCAGGCUCUGGAGGCUCUCUACACAAAGAAAGAAUCAGACAGAGAAUUUUUAUCCAAGCAGUGGGAAAAGGAGCAUAAAGUUAAAAUGGCAAACAAAAACCUUCAGGAUGUUUUAAUCCAUCAAAUGGCAGAAAAGCAGGAACAAUCUCGGCGUCAAAGAGUACAACAGCUGGAGUACGACAAGCAAAGCGCAGCUCUCAACAUCGCCGAAGAGAAGCAGUUCCAAGAGUACGCAAAUGAAGUGAUCGAGGCCUCCAAAAGGGCCGAGAGAAAUGUGUAUGCCCUUCGUAAAGCAGCCAGAGGCGGCAUUGGUGGUGGCCUUGGCCCAGUGGUCGGAGGACUGAGACCGAGUUACCUAACCCAAGACAAUGUUGGAGUCCAGCUCCCAAAUUAUAAUCGCACCAGUACGCAAGACAUUAAACUGCUCAAUGAUACUGGAAGCAUACAGCAAUCUAAAAAAAGACUGGGCUUCACUUGGUGAUUAACUGGGGGACCUUUAUUUUAUAUAUGGCACCUUUCGGCAGUUAUACGUAUCUCAAGGUGCUACAAGUUGUACUGUAUAUGUUAAACUUAUUCAUAUUUUUCUAAACCUGCAUUCAGGCAAGUUAUGAGACUCAUUCUGGGUCCUAGAGAGUGAUAUAGUGCAGACAAACUGGCAUUGUUUCAAUGUUAUAUUAUGCCGUUCACACUCAACUCAGUCUGUACCUUAAAUGA